GGCCGAGGCCGGAGACGGAGCUGGAGCUGGAGCUGAGGCCGGGGCCGGGGCUGUUCCGCUCCCUCGCAGCCCGCGGCGGGCAGAGGCGGCGGCUGGGCGGGGAUGGCGGUGGGCAGCGGGUGACGCGGAGCCGAGCGCGGCGCAGCCCUGCGGCGGGGCUGGCCUGGCCAUGGGGUUCCUGCAUCAGCUCCAUCUCCUGCUCUGGAAGAACGUGACGCUGAAGCGGCGCAGCCCGUGGGUGCUGGCCUUCGAGAUCUUCAUCCCCCUGGUGCUCUUCUUCAUCCUCCUGGGGCUGCGGCAGAAGAAGCCAACCAUCCCUGUGAAGGAAGUCUGUAAGUUGGUGGGGUGGGUGGACGCCUCCCCCCCUUCCCUUGCCUGUGCCGGCCUUGUAGUCUGGGGAGAAAGAGCCUGAUUUAGAUCAAGUCACUCUGGCCUAAUUCACACCUCUGUAACCC